AAAUGGGGGGUGGGGGGGAGAAGGGGGAGAGCAUUAAGAAGUGUGUUGCUAGUUAGGUGUAGAACUUCACUACAAAAGGUUUGGAAGUGUUUACUCAGUGCAGCUGGCAGGGCUGCAAGAGAGCUGCAUGUGAGCUAGGGAAACUGGGUAGCAGAAUAGAAAGGAGUUUUUUUGUGAGCUCUCAUCUGACGUUUUCUGUGUGUGAGAGCAGACAUAUCCAUGAUCCAGAAGAAAAGCAUUACAGCUGCUUAGCUCCGUCCUGUCCCCACACUGCCCAAGGCUUUUCCCUCUCUGUCAGCGAUGGUGCUGCAGAGCACGAGCACAGCUCAUGUCAUCCCUGCAGGAUUUCGUGGCUCGGAUGGCCUGAGCCCGCGUUUAGGCGUUGCUUUACUGCGCGUAAGCACGCACAUCGCUUCUCCACAGCUGCUUCGUUUUGCUCUCGCUGACCUCCCGGCCGGCACGACUAAAGGCGGCUGAGGGCAGCGGGCCGCUCCCGCCCGUCCCAUGGCCGCAGCCCGGCCGUCCCCCGGGAGGCGGCACUUUCUCUCUUUCUCUCCCUCCCGCCGCGCCGCCCCGGCUUCCUGCGCCGCAGGUGAGGCGCGUUGGCUUCCCGCUUCCGCCCAGUGUCCUCCUGGAACUCCAGACAUUUUCAGCUGGAACGUGGAUAGCAUCAGAGGAAGAGCUGAAAGGGUCAGAGGCUUUGCUGGAUUAUUCUGAGUAAUUCCAAAAAUACCCUCCAACAUGCCUGAAAACCCUGCUGCAGAUAAACAGCAGGUGCUGCAGAUCAUUGACCGUCUGCAAGCAAAACUGCGUGAGAAAAGAGAUGUCCAACAUAACGAGAACCUGUCUGUUCUGCGCAACACGCUCAGGAGCCCUUUGUUUAACCAGAUAUUGACCCUCCAGCAAUCCAUCAAGCAACUGAAAGAUCAACUCAAUUACAUGCCACCUGACCGGCCAGUAGAUUUUGAUUUUACUAAGAGAGGACUGCUGGUGUUUGCUGACAGAUCAGUUACUGCUGGAAACGUGUGUAAACAGAGCAGUUUACCGGAACCCAGAGCAUCUACCUUCAUUCCAAACCUGGGAGUUAAUGAAUUCAAUACAAUCAUCCAACAGAUGGCAAAGGGGAGACAAAUAGAAACAAUAAAGAUUGAAAAGCCUUCUGUCGGAGGUCUUGGAUUUAGUGUUGUUACCCUUAAGAAUCACAACUCGGGAGAAGUUGGUAUCUUUGUCAAAGAAGUUCAGCCAGGAAGUGUAGCUGACAGGGAUCAAAGACUAAAGGAAAAUGACCACAUACUGGCCAUUAAUUGCACCCCAUUGGAUCAGAACAUUUCUCAUCAGCACGCUAUUGCACUCCUCCAGCAAUCCACAGGAUCUUUACAUCUGGUUGUUGCUAGGGAGCCAGUUCAAGGAAACAGCAGAACUUCGCCUGUCUCACUGAGUGAUACAAAUCCACCUGGGACUAUUCGUUGGGGCCACGUUGAAAACGUUGAGCUGAUUAACGAUGGCUCGGGAUUAGGCUUUGGAAUUGUAGGAGGAAAGCUGAGUGGUGUAGUUGUAAGAACCAUUGUUCCUGGAGGAUUAGCAGAUCGGGAUGGGAGGCUCCGGACUGGAGAUCACAUCUUACAGAUUGGAGGGACCAACGUGCAGGGAAUGAGCAGCGAGCAAGUUGCACAAGUGCUGAGAAACUGUGGGAAUUCUGUUAGGAUGGUAGUUGCAAGAGACCCGAAGUGUGAAAUGACAGAGAGUCCACCAGCUCCUGUGAGCUGGCCAGUCAGUGCACUACCUUCAUUUCAAAAUGGGAAUGAUAAUACAGUUCUUUUUGAGACCCAUGAUGUUGAACUUAUAAAAAAGAACGGGCAAAGCCUGGGGAUAACAAUUGUUGGAUAUGCUGGUGCAUGCGAUGUAGCAGAAUCUUCAGGGAUUUUUGUGAAAAACAUAAUACCUGGUAGCGCUGCUGACCACAAUGGCCAAAUUCAUGUUCAUGACAAAAUUGUUGCUGUUGAUGGAGUUGAUAUUCAGGAUUUUACCAACCAAGAAGUGGUAGAGACGCUGCGUAACACUGGGCAGGUUGUACGCCUCACCUUACUCAGGAGGAGACCUACUGUUUCUUCAGAAAGAUGUUCAGAUAAAGGAAGAGACCCAUUAUCUUCUGCAUAUGAUCUAAAGUCCAAGUGGGAAAACCUGCUGGGCCCUGAAUAUGAAGUUAUGGUUGUGAACGUGGAUAUGCCCAUUACAAAUGACUCAGAACUCCAGAAGUACUCAAAGCUAUUACCCAUCCAUACUUUGAGAUUAGGAGUUGAGCUUGACACGUUUGAUGGACAUCAUUACAUAUCAUCAAUUGCUUCCGACGGUCCUGCUGCAACACUUGGUCUUCUGCAACUGGAGGAUGAACUUCUAGAGGUAAAUGGAGUUCAGCUGUAUGGAAAGUCACGCCGUGAGGCAAUCACUUUUCUAAAAGAAGUGCCACCUCCAUUUACAAUGGUUUGCUGUCGGCGACUUUUUGAUGAUGGCAGUGAGUCUCUUGUGGAUGAACCCACUGUGAGAGUUCCAUCUCCAGAACAAAAGGUGAAACCUGAGGAAAACAUUAAUCCUGAUGAAGAAGAAGAAGGGGAAUUAGCGUUAUGGUCUCCUGAUGUGAAAAUUAUUGAACUGGAGAAAGACAAAAAUGGUUUAGGAUUCAGCAUUUUAGACUACCAGGAUCCCCUGGAUCCAACGAGAACAGCCAUUGUGAUCAGCUCUUUGGUGGCAGGUGGAGUAGCUGAACGUGGUGGUGAGCUUCUACCCGGUGACCGCUUGGUGUUUGUAAAUGAGAAAUAUUUAGACAGCACAACUUUAACGGAGGCAGUAGAGGUGUUGAAAUCUGUGCCCCCAGGAAGAGUUUCUCUUGGAAUCUGCAAACCGUUGGUGGGAGAAAGCAAAGAGGAGGAGAACAUGCAUAGUAUGCAUACCAGCAACAUGAAAACCAGCCCCGGAUCUCCAGAACCAAGAGAUAAUACCAAUUUCUCAAUAAUCCUUGAAGCACCACAGGGUUUCAGAGAUGAAACACCUUUUAAAGAAGAAGCUGUUGAUGAACCAAUUUUGGACUUGGGAAGGUCAUUUCAGCUUUCUCAAAAUGACAAUGGAUAUGAGAAGGAGUCCUGGGAGAUGCGUGAAUUCUGGAAACCCACAACAGAAGAAGUGGAUGAAGAACGGGAAAUGUUGGUGGAUGAGUAUGAAGAAGAUUUAGACUUCCUGAAAUAUAGCUCAUCAGAUAGACAGAAGGCAUCUUCAGAGAAGAACCUGAGUACAGAAUGGGCAGAGCAACUUCAGACAGCUAAAAUACAAGACUUAAGAUCUAGUGCCAACUUAAGUCCAAAGCAGUCCCUGGAAUAUACAUUCAAUAGGGAGCAGAUGUAUGAAGAAAAUGCUAAUAUAACUUCACAGUCUUCUGGAACCAUAGCACACAGUGACUACCACAAAGGCCUAUUGGACAGUGGAGCUACCCAGCCAGGACCAAGAAACAAAAUGGAUUUAGGUUCGAAGCUUCAUAUGGACUCCAAAGUACCUGGUCUCACUGUUGACCUAGAAGGUGUUGAAAAGGAAGAAGGGGAGGAUUAUAUGUUUUCCAAGAAUGAAAAAUCUGUGAGAGUUACCACCUUACCUCAGCCUAGAACAGUUUUGUUCAGUGAAUUACCUGAAAGAGAAGAAGGAGAAGGUGAAGAAACUCCAAACUUCAGCCACUGGGGACCACCUCGGACUGUUGAGAUCUUCAGAGAUCCUCAUGUGUCUCUUGGAAUAAGUAUUGUUGGUGGACAAACUGUCAUAAAGCGCCUAAAGAAUGGAGAGGAACUUAAAGGGAUCUUUAUCAAACAAGUUUUGGAAGACAGCCCAGCAGGAAGAACAAGAGCUUUAAAAACUGGAGAUAAAAUACUUGAGGUUUCUGGGAUAGAUCUACAAAAUGCCACACACGAAGAAGCAGUGGAAGCUAUCAAGAAUGCAGGAAAUCCUGUUGUGUUUGUAGUUCAGAGUUUGUCUAACGUACCAAAAGUGGUUUCUGCCAUACACCCUAAGGGAAUCAAGGUCAGCAAAGAUCAGGAUGCAAACAAAGAAAAUAAGAGUGAAAAGAGAAAGUAUGGGGCCCCACCUCCAAUGAAAUUGCCACCUCCUUACAGAGCGCUGGAAAGACUGCACUCGGAGGAAGCCAGCGUGGAUGAAGAGGAGGAGGAUGCUUGUGCAGAGAAAAAGAUCAGGCAACGAUAUGCAGAUCUACCAGGAGAACUGCACAUUAUUGAGCUUGAGAAAGACAAAAAUGGGCUUGGGUUGAGCCUUGCUGGCAACAAGGACCGGUCUCGUAUGAGCAUCUUUGUAGUUGGUAUCAAUCCAGAUGGACCUGCAGGACGGGAUGGAAGGAUGCAUAUUGGUGAUGAACUUCUAGAGAUAAACAAUCAGAUACUGUAUGGAAGAAGUCAUCAGAAUGCUUCUGCAAUAAUUAAGACUGCCCCAUCAAAGGUCAAGCUAGUUUUCAUACGAAAUGAAGAUGCAGUCAAUCAGAUGGCUGUUACUCCUUUCCCAUUGCCUACCAGCACCCACCCUUCUAUUGAGGAUCACGGCUGCACUGAAACCCCAAGCAGUGAAGAAGACCCAAGCUUGGACGUUGUCAUGAAAAGCCUGUCUGAUGAGGAGCCCAGCAAAGCUGAUGUGAAGUAUAAAGCUGACAAACCGGUGUUGGUGGAUCAGUUGGAAGUAGAGGAGCAGCUCCCAGAAGAUGUCCUUAAACAGAUGAAACAAUCCAAAUCUUCAGCAAAAGUACCAGCCAACUUGCAGGAGAUAUCCCUGGUGGCAGCACCUACUUAUCUCUCUCCAGACACAGAAAUCACAAACCGCAAUAUUUUACCACCUCCAUUGCCUGUGGAUCCAGCAACAUGUCCUAUUGUUCCUGGACAGGAGAUGACUAUAGAGAUAUCUAAGGGUCGAUCAGGACUUGGACUCAGCAUUGUUGGAGGGAAGGACACUCCACUGGAUGCCAUCGUGAUCCAUGAAGUUUAUGAAGAAGGGGCGGCAGCUAGGGAUGGCAGGCUGUGGGCCGGAGACCAGAUCCUUGAGGUGAACGGGAUCGAUCUGCGGAACGCCAACCACGAAGAAGCCAUCACUGCGCUGAGACAGACGCCUCAGAAGGUGCAGUUGGUUGUGUACAGAGAUGAAGCUCAUUACAAAGAUGAAGAGAACUUAGAGAUUUUCCAUGUAGAUAUUCAGAAGAAAACAGGCCGAGGACUGGGGCUCAGCAUAGCUGGAAAACGAAAUGGAAGUGGAGUGUUUAUCUCUGACAUUGUUAAAGGAGGAGCUGCAGACCUAGAUGGAAGAUUAAUUCAAGGAGAUCAGAUUUUGUCUGUUAAUGGAGAGGAUAUGAGAAAUGCCUCACAGGAGACUGUUGCCACUAUACUUAAGUGUGCCCAAGGCCUCGUGCAUCUCGAGCUGGGGAGACUGCGAGCUGGAUCGUGGCUGUCAUCACGGAAAACAUCCCAAAACAGUCAGGUGAACCAACAGAGUGCCCACAGCCACUUCCACCCCACGCUUGCUCCGGUCCUCUCUACCUUGCAGAACUUUGUCAGCACAAAAAGAUCUUCAGCAGAUGUUUCUCAAAGAAACUCAGUAGGAGCAGAUACGGGCCCAAGGACUGUGGAGAUAACAAGGGGACCAAAUGAUGCUCUUGGUAUCAGCAUAGCAGGAGGAAAGGGGAGUCCAUUAGGAGAUAUUCCCAUCUUCAUUGCUAUGAUUCAGGCUAGUGGUGUGGCGGCACGGACCCAAAGGCUCAGGGUUGGAGAUCGGAUUGUCAGUCUUAAUGGGCAACCUUUGGAUGGGCUGUCUCAUGCAGAUGCUGUUAAUCUACUAAAGAAUGCUUAUGGGAGCAUUAUCCUGCAGGUCGUGGCUGAUACCAACAUCAGUGCCAUUGCUACCCAACUGGAGAGCAUGUCUGCAGGAUGUAAUGUCAACUCUUCUUCUGAGCAUGCUUCUGAAGAUCCUGAAGCACCUCAGCCUAAGAUUAUUACUUUGGAGAAAGGCUCUGAUGGACUGGGAUUUAGUAUUGUGGGGGGGUAUGGAAGUCCCCAUGGAGACCUGCCCAUUUAUGUCAAGACUAUAUUUGCCAAGGGAGCAGCUGCGGACGAUGGCAGACUGAAGCGCGGCGAUCAGAUUUUAGCAGUUAAUGGGGAAGCUUUGGAAGGUGUUACCCAUGAGCAAGCUGUAGCUAUUCUGAAGCGCCAGAAAGGAACUGUGACAUUAUCGGUGUUAUCAUGAAUGUCAUUGCACUUGCAGAGAUAAAUACAAUUAUUUUAAAACAUCAGUAGAGCUAUAAUAAUACCGUUCAGCUCUGAGCCGGGUGUAAAGCAAACUCUGGCAAAAAUUAAUCAGCGUUCAGCCCGUUGCCAGAAUGGGCAGUGUGCAUCUCGAGCUUCAUUUAACCUUCCACACUGAUCAGCCUUUCUCCCUGCCCUCCCCUACUUCUGGUGGCUUUUGAGUUUUCUCCGGACAACUUUGAUUAACGGGCUUCAAAGAAUAAGAUCCAUUUUACUUUAUUUACACGUCAGUUUACUGCCACUAGUCUGAACCCCAGCUACGUUGGCUGAACCUGGGCUCUGUUCAAAUACAAAGGAGAAUUUAGAUCAUCAGCCAAUCUCAUCUAUGAUGAGCAGAAAUAAAUGCUGAGUGACUUGUCAUCUCACUCAUGAUUUACUUAUGCUAAUUGUCCUUUCAAGUAUGCCAGAAAACAUUAGCAAUGUAAUUAAAUUACCACUGUUCCAAAUGAUGAAAUAUCAAAUUCUCCUCUGGGAAAUUAUUUGUGUUCAGCACAGUAAGUCUGAUAGUCAAAUGUGAACUUCUCAUGUUUAUCUCUUUGGGUAGGUCUAUGGAAGUUAGUCAGAGGUAAUUACUGUGAUGUGUCAAUUUGCAGCCUUUAGCGUGAAAAAUAAACCAGGGGAGAGAUAAAUUUAUUUUUUUAGGCUUUUAAAUGUUUGAGCCUUUUCAGAUAUUUAGGCAGCAUGAACAACAACAUAUCUCGUUGUAUUCUGAUUAUGUUUUUAAAGAAGAAAUGUGCUGAUACGUGCCGGGCAUGUUGCAUACAAAGGCAGUCAUUGUUGUGCCAAGCUGCAGCAUAACCGUUUAUCCUGAAACUUUAAUGAAGACAGAAGUUUGCUUCGACCGUGUGAUCCUGUAAUUCUUGCAGUGAUGGCUGUCCCUCUGCACGUUGUCUUGGAGGCUGGAUGAAGUUAAUCCAAACCAGCACACCAUUCCUCAUUUCCAGGAGUCUCCCCAGGUUCAGGUAGUGCUGGAAGAGGCUUUCAUGGAUAAGCAAGAUGGCUGUGGGCAGCUCUGGGGCUCAGUUUUGGGGGAUGCCAGACACUGCCAGGCGGUGUGGAGCUGAUGCUGCAGGAAGUGGCUGUAGGAGGUCACAGUGAUGCCCUCCCUGGGGCUGGCUGCUGCCUCCUGCUUCCCCAGGGCAUAACAACUGCAGGGGCUCUCAACCCCAUCCCCCAGCAGCCACAGGGUGCAGUCACAGCCCUUGAGCUCUCUGGCAUGAGCUCAGCCCUCCUGUGCAGUGGAGGUGGGAUGCAGCCACGUUCAGCCAAGCAGUAGUGACUCGGUUACGCAGCCGUUCCUGCAGUGAUGGUACAACCGUGGCCUUGGCGAUUAAGCAAAUGAAUUUGGCAGGCAGAUUAAUGGCAUUGCAAGUCAUUGUGGUUUAAUCUGCCUAUCUAGAGGAACAGUAGGGCUUUGGAGGAAGCAGCCCAGUCUUAGUUAGGCUGUUUGGUGUAAUUUAUAAUGAUGAUGUAGCGGGGGAAAAAUGAAAAGGGUGUGGGUGUGUGUGUGAGAGAGAGAGAGAGAGACAGAGAAUUGUCUGCUGAUCUGAUGUGAAAAAUCCUUAGAAAUAAAUGGAAAGAGAAUUGAACACAUGUAAUACAAUGGCCAAGUAGCACAAGGAAAAGCACUGUUAGUGUGUAUGUUUUAGCUGGGGUGGGUAUUCUCCCAUGUUAGGUAGAAGAACACAGCCUGAAAGGAGCAAGCUGGGAUUGCUUGCAUUGAAUUGCAAUGAGCUUGCAUUGAAAAGGUUUUCUUUAGUUCGUGUAGAAGUUUUCUUUGACUUUAGGCAAUCACAAAGUGCAUUUAGCCUGCUGGAACACGGAGUGAGUGUUCUGUUCAUAGUGCCUGGAAGAGACAUUUCAAAUGGAUUCUCACUGAUUUGCCAAGCAAAGGCUUAGUGGGACCUCGGCUGUAGUCACAAAACUAUAUCCAGAUGUGUUGAAUUGGAGAAUGUGUGUAACUGCCUUUGGCUGCAGAGGUAUCCGAGGCACACGGAAGUUCAGUGCAGGUAGGUGAACUGUGGAGAGGUACCUUCAGAAAUAUUGCAUAGAAUUUAUGAACAAAAUGUAAUGGUUCCUCUGAUUGAUUUGGUUUUUUUAGACGUUGCAUUCCUACUUUAAGAUGUUGCUGCAUUUAAUCAAUGAAGUUUUACAUGGCUAUUUAUUAGCCUGUUAUGCACAUACCGUUCAUAUACAUAAAGAAUAGAAUUUAUGGGCUGAGAUAUUUUGCACUUCUCAUUACUCUGAAUGAGAUAACAUUUUCUGCUUCUUGUAAUUUGCACUUUGUGUCUUGAAAAUAUUACUGCCAAAAAUCAUAUUGCAACUAAUUGAUAAACCAGUGACCAUGCGGAGAAGCGUGUGCUCUAUGUACAGGACCAAGUUAGAUAAUUAAAUCUGCAUUACGCUUGUCUGGGUCGAGGUGUUCUGGUUUAUUUAAAACUUUAUUUCUGUGCAAGGGAAAAGCAAUUAAACCUCCUGAUUGUAUGUGUACAUAUAUCAGUAAAAUGAGGCAUUUUAUGACUUCAAAGGUUCUAAAUAAAUCUCGGUUACUUAAGUAGCUGUGCAUUUUAUUUUGUUGUGGGUUUUUUG